AGAGCUCCAACCUAGGUGUUGUUUUCGCAGGAGCUGCGAAAUUGCUUCAGCAUGCGCCUCGAGAUUACCUCCCUGCCUUGGUCUUUCGAAAUUCAAAUGACGAAACGCCGUCCGCGGGCUUCCCCCUCCCGCGCUGACCCGCUGCUGCCAGUAGAUUCUAGCACUGGACCCCCCGUCGAAGCCCCUCAAGUGCAGCUAGAUAGCGUCAUACCGAGCUCAUUUUCUCGUGUUGGCCUCUCUUGCUUUGACAAGGAAGAAGUAUCUCUACUAGCAAAGGCACGCGUUGAGCGGGAAGAGAAUUUCGCUACUGAUUCCGCCUCCGAAUUCGCUACUGGUUUCGCCUCUCUACGCCAUGGAAACGACUCCUCUGCGACGCAGUGGCCGGUCGAGUCUUUUCAGAAAGUCACUGAAAGAGGUGGAUAAUGACGACGAUCAAGAAUGGCAGCCGCCUAGCGACGCCGAACCCGACGCGCCCACCGAUGCCGUGAGCGAUGGAGAUGAGAUCGUCGCGAAGGCUUCGCGAAGCAAGAAGACCCCCAAGAAAACGCCGAAAAACGCUUCCGUUUCGGAGAAGAAGACCCCGGCGAGCCGCGGGCAGAAAAAGAGCAAGAAACGAAACCCGCGAUCUUCGUCAACUGCCUCGCGAAAGACUGCUCCUGCUGCGGCCGCGGCCGCUGGAGCGUCCGAAGCGAAUGCGGAUAACGAAGUGGAGGAGGAUCCGACGGUCAACGAGGAAGGGGGAAUCCGCGACGUGACGCGCUAUGCUUCGUCCCUGCACUUGAUCGUGCAAAACAAACGAGCCAAGGACGUAGAGGGGGCGGCCAAGAGAUGGACUCGGCAGUAUGAGAAGGAGUCUAUGACUGCCCUCUCGGCCCUUCUGAUAUUCCACUUCCAGGCUUGCGGGUGGAGGGGAUCUGAGGAUAUUUCCAGCCACGUUGGCGAUGGUGACGUGGACACUGUCGUGCGGUUCCUGGUGGAUCAGGCCAAGGAGGGCGAGGUGGAGGACAUGCUGGGCUCCGCCUGGCCGCACGCCAAGAGCGUCCGUUCCUACAAGGCGAAUCUAGAGACCUUCUGGCACAGCCUUCUGGUAGAAGCUCAGGACGGGCUUCUGUUUGAUGGAAUAUUCAUGGAGAAAUGUAUCAACUACGUCACCCUCCUGGCAUGCAAGGCGCCUAGGGUGUUCCGUAUCAUCUCCACCCUAGUGGGCCUUCGCAUGGUUUCAACGCUGGUCGAGAUCGCCAGCACCAUGGGCGAAGCACGGGCAACCACGCAGAGGCAGAUUAAUGCAGAAGCAAUGAGGAGUGGCGGCAAGGACGAGAAUCCGCGCAUGGCUCUUCUCAGGAGCACGUUGGAGAAUCUGCACACCAAGAUUGUGGGGGUAGAGGAGAUGAUGACCCAGCUCUUCUCAGGCUUCUUCACUCUCCGCUUCCGGGAUGUGAUGCCAGAGAUUCGCGGCGCCUGUGUGGCAUCCCUUGGCUCAUGGAUCUCCGGCUACCCCAGCGUCUUCCUGGAGGAUCGCUACCUCAAGUACCUCGGCUGGGCGCUCAGUGAUCAUGAGUCGAUGGUGCGGCAGAGCAGUCUGCAGGCGCUCAAGGCGCUGUACGAGGACGAGGACUGCAUUGGCGCGCUUAGCCUCUUCUCAGAGCGCUUCUCCCCGCGCAUCAUCCACAUGGCUGAUGACGUGGACGCCAGCGUGGCAGUGACGUCCAUUCAGGUUGCAGGGCUCCUGCUGAGGCAUCAGUUGAUAUCAUUGGAGGAGGUGCGGCCUGUGCUGGAGCUGAUUACGGACGACCUGCGGGCCGUGCGCCUGGUGGUUGCGGACCUAAUUGCGGACUACUACCUCCCUGCUAAAGUCGCAGAAGCUGCACAAGCCUCUAACGACGAUGGAGCGAAGGGAAGGCAGGAGCGGCAGCUGCAGCCGCUGCUGGAUCUGGUGGGGGAGUUCACGAGCAGUGACGCUCACAUGGACAUGCUCGUGGACGCCCUGUGGGACAAGUGCCGACUGCUGCAGGACUGGAAGCUGAUGGCUAAGUCUCUCCUGGCAGACCAGGGCGGACAGGGGAAGGGCAAGAGGAGAGAGGUGAAUGGGGAGUCCCUCUCCCUGUGCCGCCUGCUCCUAGCAUGUGCCAUGCGUGGCACUGCUGCGAGUCUUCACACCCACCGUAUGGAUGGUGCUGCUCCUGGGAGCGUCCCUGGGAGGGCAAAAGGGCUGUUCGGGUCUCCCAAUUCAGCUCAGAAGACUCCUUCCAAGAAGCAGCAGGAGGGCGCGGCAGUGCUGCAGGGCGAGAUGACAGGCGCACUCAUGAAGCACCUUCCUGGCAUGGUCACUCGCUUCCUGGCCGAUGCUGACCACCUGCACCUCGUUCUCUCCAUCGCUCCUCUGCUGCAGUUCGACCUCUUCGCCACACGCCACCAGGAAACCAGCUUCACCAGCCUCAUGGCAGCCCUACACGACGCGUUCCUGCGCCACACAGCUACGCCCAUUCUCGACGCAGCCAUCGCUGCCGCGGCAGCAGCAGUGGAAACGGCGCCGGCAGAGCUGAGGGAGGAGGCGCAGCGGCUGAUGGACGACCUGUCGAUCGUGGUGCUGCAGCAGCUGGGGGAGGCUGUGAAGUCAUUUGAAGAGGAUGACGAUGACAGUGUGGGCGCGGAUGGGGACUUCGACUGCCUGCUCGCCUCGCUGUCUCGACUGCAAGCGCUUCAGCUGGCAGGGCAGCGCAUGCCGGCUACAGUCACAGACACCCUGCAUAAGAUCAUCUCCAACCCGCUCAUGGUGUCAUCUGAUGAGGUACAAGCAGAGGCGCUCACUUGCUGCUUCCUGGACGUCGUUGCAAGCUACGGGGACAUCACAGCUGAAGGCGUGAAUGAGAAGGAACCGGCUGACAUCACUGCUGAUAUCACACGGGUGGAUGUGCGCCUGCGCUUUCUGCUCCUGCACCUGGAAACAGCCAUCAAGAGCGUCUCCUCCUCCUCGUCGCACCAGCGUGCCACACCUGCUCGGACUUUCAACUCCAAACGUGCUGCUGCGUCGUCAGGAGCCAAAGGAGCGUCGAGCACAAGUGCCCAAUCCAUGCUGGUGCACCUGUGCUCUGACGUGUGGUCCGUCUUCUCACCCUCCAAGCUCAACGGCACACCCAUGCAAGCCCUGGCGUCUGCCCCCUCUGCUUCCAGUGUCGAGGCCUUCUGGCAGGCAUGCCUUGGCGUUAUUCACACGUGCUCAAGCGCCCAUGGGGAGCAGCUAUCGCAUGGGGAUGUGGCGGUCGUUGCAGCAGCCAAGCUCAUAGCAGGAGGGCUUCUUCCACCAGCGUAUCUGGCCCCGCAGCUCCUGGCUCUGCUGGUGGGCCAUGGGUGGGCGGCAGCAGCAGUGGUGAAGUGCAUGGUGGAGCACAUGAGACACAGCAGCACUGUGACGGACGAGCACAUGUGGAAGCUGUGCUACGAUGCCACACGCCUGGCAUACGAGCGGCACCUGAAGGAGUUAGGAGAGGACGAGGACAAUGAAGCGGACAUGGAGUCGUACCUCAUAUGCAAGGAGCUCACCCCGCAGCUGCUGCUGCUCUGCGGCGGCCCAGCAGCAGUGCGCGGUGCAGCGGGCAGCAGGCUGAGCGACGCUGUGCAGGCGGUGCUGUCAGCUGCGGUGACGGAGGGUGUAGGGUUUGUGCUGGAGGAUGCAAGCCGGAGGAUGCUGUUUGUGGACGUUGCAGUGCUCAUGUUUGCGAGGAAUCUCAAGCCGGCCACUGCUGCUCCAGUCCUGGCUGAGCUUAAAACGCGUACAGCCCACCUAGAUAUGGACGAUGAUCCUCAGCACUGGCGCCCGCUGCUCACCCUGCUAGACUGCCUAGAGGGCAAGGCUGGUAACCACACGGGUAACCACAUGGGGGCGGGCGGUCAGGCCAAUGGAGGAACGAGGAACGGGCAGGGGGGAGGAGAGGGAGAGGAGAGCGCAGGGGAGGAGGAGGAUGUCGUCAUGCCGACCAUGACGCCGCCCAGAGUGAAUCAGCGUAUGGGAAAACGUCACAAGAAGCCCGCGCACAAGACCAUGCGGCGCAGGCCCAGGGGAGUGGAGGCUGGGAAGGUAACGUCUGAUGAAGAUGACGAGGCGGAAGAGGCAAGGAGCAGAGGGAGGGACUACGGCAGCAGGGAGCCGCGUGGUGGCAGGAUUGGUGCGAGACACAGGGGCGCUGGGAUUGACACUUCACGUGCUCCCGAACCAACUGCUGCUGCUGCUGCUGAUGUUGCUGAUGCUGCUGCUGCUGCUGCUGCUGUUGUUGCUGAUGCUGCUGCUGCUGCUGAUGUUGCUGAUGCUGAUGCUGUUGCUGGUGCUGGUGAUAAUGAGAGCGAUCAUGACAAUGAACCUGGAGACGCUCCUGCUGCAAGCACUGCAGCAACUAAUGCAGCAACCACUUCAGCAGGCAGAGGCAUGGGGCUGGUGUCUGCAGUGACGUACUCACGCAAGAGGAAGCUGGCAGCGAACAGAGAGAUGGAGAUUGAGGAAGACAAGGGGGGAGAUGGAGAGAUGGCGGGUAAAGGAGAGAUGGGAGGUGAGGGAGAGAAGGGGGAUGCGGAAGACAAGGGGGAAGCAGGCAACAAAGGGGUUGACGAAGGGGCAUGGGACAUUUUCAAUGAGGAUGAGGAUGAGGGGGAGAUGCGCAGUGGAAACGAGACCUCGGCUGGGAAGCAAGGGGCGCAGAAGGCAACGGCUGAGGAUGUUGCUGCUGAAAGUGUUCCCAUUGAUGCCAUGGAUACUGCGGAAUCAGAGGAGGACGAGCGAAGGGUGUCAGCUGCAGGCGGGGGUGCGGCGAGCGCGGAUGAGAUUGGUGGGAGCAGCGGGAGCAAAGGAGGUGGGAGCGAUGGGGAUGAGUGGGAGGAGAUUGAUAUGCAGGAGAUGGCGACAUGGCAGCAGGAUGACGCUGCAAAGAAGGCGGAGCUGGAUUCGGAGAGGAGGAAGGAGAGAGAACGGAGGCAGGAGGAGGAGAGGGAACGGAAGGAGGAGGAGGAGAGGGAACGGACGAAGGAGAGAGAGAGAGUCCAAAAGCGGGAGAGGGAGAGAGAGAGAGAACGGAAGGAGAAGGAGAUGGAGAGAGUGAGAGUACAACAGGAGCAGAGGGAGAGAGAACGGAAGCAGAGGGAGAGGGAACAAAAGGAGGAACGGGAGAGGGAGAGGGAGAGAGAACAAAACAAGGAGAGGGAGAUUGAGCAGGAGCAGCAAAGGAAGAGCACCCGCAGCAGGAAAACUAUGCCUGGGGAAGUCAGUACGGAAGUGAGCAAAAGUGUGCAGCAGCAGCAGCAGCAGCAGGGAGCUGGUACAGUGCCGGAGCCAGUACCAGUAGCAGUGGCGUAUGAGCGCAAGAGAAAGCGAGCUAUGGACUCUGAGCAGGAGCGAGGUGAUGGGAACGUGGACGCUGGGCAGCAGAAGCAGCCUGUGACGACCUACCCACGUGCGAGGAGGCAGGCGGGUGCUGACGCGGCAAUGAAGGCUCCUGAUGCGGGCAAGAAAGGUGCAGCGACCGAGGGCGAGAAGCAUGAGACAGGGAGGAGGUUCGGGAGGGAGGGAGGGGAAGAAGCUGGUAUGAGGGAUGCGAGAGGGAAGCAGAAAGAGGAGGAGGAGGUAGUGACUACAGUGGCCGAUAACCUGCUGCUGAAUCUGAGUGAUGAGGAAUGCUCCCUGUCGCCCUUGGAGUUGGGUGGAGGGGAGAGUGAGGAGAGGGGCGAGGUUGCUGUGUCUGCUGCGCGCUGGGGUAAGGACGUGAGAGGUGGGGUGGAUCGGGAACACGGUGCUUGCAGUAGGGGUGCUAGUGUGAAACCUGCUGGUGGUGCUGGUGGUGCUGGUGGUGGUGGUGGUGGUGCUGCUGCUGGUACUCCUGUUGGUGGUGGUGGAAACGGGAAGACGAAGGGAGAGACAGUAAUCGAGGAGGAUGCAGAAAGUGAGGAGGAAGAGGAGGGGGAUGAGGAAGAGGAGGAGGAUGAGGAGGAAGGAGAAGAGGGGGAAUCUACCGAAUGUGACAGCACUGAGGGUGAGGAGGAGGAGCCGGAGGAGAAUGUGCAAGAAGUAGCAGUUAAGGCUGCACAGGGGAGGGCUGCAGAAGCGAGGGUUGCAGGGAGGAUGGGUGCCGAAGCAAGAACCAAAGCACAGGGCGAGGUGGGGACCAGGGCACAGGGUCUAGCAGCUGCUGCUCAGGUGCAGAGAGGGGGAGAAGAGGCCGCCGCCCGUAUGGGCACGUCGGGUAAUAUUCUGGAGCGAGCAGUGGCAGCAGUGGCAGCGAAUGCAGCACGGAUAGAGAGGAGCAUGGUGAUGGAGGUAGAGGAUGUGGAGGAGGACGAGGACGAGGACGAGGAGGAUGAGGAAGAAGAGGACGAGGAGACGGAGGAGGAGGAGGAGGACGGGGAGGAUGAGGAGGAGGAUGGGGAGGAGGAGGAGGGCGACGAAGAGGGAGAGAGUGAUGAAGGGAUGGGGCAAGAGGGGAGGAACAGGCAGGUAGGGGAUGCGCAGAGCAGGGGCAAGCAGGUCGCGCAGGGGAUGCGCCCUCCCAGGGGUGCUGAAGCAGCAGCAGCAGCAGGAGCAGCAGCAGCAGGAGCGUCAGUGGCAGGUAUGGCGGGGCAAGCCAGGAGCAAUGCGGCUGUUGGGGCUGCUGCUGCCAGGGGUGAAGGGUUGGUGAGUGGAGGGGUGACCAGUGGUAGUGGUAUGGGGGGAGUGCGUGCAAGGGCACAGACGGAGAUAAGUGUGGAGGAUGGGAGUGGAGAGGAGGAAGACGAGGAGGAGGAAGAGGAGGAGGAAGAAGAGGAGGGAGAUGAGGAGGGGAGUGAGGAGGACGGGGAUGAAGAAGGAGAGGAGGAGGAGGGGAGUGAGGGCGAGUGGGAGGAGAUGAGUGUGGAUGGUUCUGCAUCUGUUCGGGUGUCUGAGGCGAGUCAGGCUAGGGGUGCUGGUGUUGCUACGGCAAAGGCAGGCAGGCAUGGGGAGGUGCCUGUGAAACGAGGGGAGGCUACUUCUGCUGACAUGUCUGCUCGCAUGCGCCAGCAGCAGGCACAGCAGCAGCAGCAGCAGUUGCGGCUGAGUCAGCAGCAGCAGAAACUGCGGCUGAGCCAGCAGCAGAAGAUGCGGUUGAGUCAGCAGGAGGACGUGAGGCUGAGUCAGCAGGAGGUGCGAUUUAGUCAGCAGGAAGGAAUGCGUCUGAGUCAGCAGGAGGAGAUGCGGCUGAGUCAGCAGGAAAAACGGACGAAGCAGCAGCACGAGAUGCGGCUGAGUCAGCAGGAAGUGAGGCUGAGUCAGCAACAGCAAGAGAUGCGGCUGAGUCAGCAGGAACUGCGCUUGAAUCAGCAGCAACGGGAGAUGCGGCUGAGUCAGCAGGAACUGCGACUGAGUCAGCAGCAGCAACGCGAGCAGCAGAUGCGCGAGAGGAUAAGGCAGCAGCAGCAGCAACAGCUACAACAGCAGCAGCAGCAGCAGCAACUUCAGCAGCAGGUUCAAGCGAGGAUUAGGCAGCAGCGCGAGCUGGAGCUUCGGCAGAAAAUGGGUCAGGGCCAAAGGAGGGGCGAGGGGACUAAGAAAACGCAGGACGUCGUAGAGCUGUCGGACGACGACGAGGAGGAAGAGGAGGGGGAUGAGGAGGAUGAGGAUGAGGGGGAAGCCGGGGACGAGGAGGAAGGGAGCGAGGAGGAGGGAGGGGAGGAGGACGAAGAGGAGGGUGAGAGCGAGGAUGGGGACGAGGAGGACGAGGAGGAGGAUGAGGAUGAGGAUGACGAUGACGAUGAGGUGAACUCCCCGAACUGACAGCUGAGGAGUGUACCACGUGGGAGAACUCGAACAGGCUUUCGCGCCAUUCGGGAGUCACCUUUGUCCGCGUUUGAAAACGUUCCGAUGUGAAUGUUUAUGCCUGUGUCAAUUCCAUGCGUUGUUUUCCAUGCACUUUAUCAUCCAGUUCUGUGUGUUACUGUAAAAUACGUGUCUUAGGAUUCACCACUUG